AAUCUUAUCCUUUUUAGCCUUUGACCCAUGUCCCAGCUCAACCGUCUGACCGCUUUUCUCGGCUGAAUCUAGAAGUUCCGGCAAAGAUGGUAGCCGGGAAGUCGCCGGAGACUCUUCCUUCCGGCUGGUCCGAGUAUGUAAAAGUUAUAAAGGGUAGAAAUGUCAAGCAUUAUAUAGAUCCAGUCAGUGGGUAUGUAUUUUUUUCCAAACCGGACGCGGUGCGCUAUGUACAAACAGGUGAUAUUCUAAAGUGCUUAAAAAGGCCCAAGAGAAGGGACUCUUUGUUGGAAACUGAUAACGAAUCUCAUAAGAUACAAGAAUCGUCUGAUAAUGAAGUGUCUCAAAAUGAGAAAUCUACCAACACUGAGGAUGAGGAGGGCUCCAUAAAGAAGAUAUCUGAAGGUGAGGAUGCCUCUGUAAAGCAGAUAUCUGAUGGCACGGGCAAGCAACCUUCCAAUGUUGUUUCUUCUGUUUCGGUUGAAGGCAAUUUAGUGGGUGAGAUACCACCCGGGUGGGUUACGGAAAUCAAAACAAGAGUACACGCUUAUGGAAUACGGCGUUACUCUCAUUAUGUAGACCCUGUUAGCGGAUAUGUUUUUCGAUCCAAAAAGGAUGUGAUGCGCUAUGUCCAAACAGGCGAUAUCGAAAAGUGUGCAGUAAGGCCCAAGAAAAGGGACUCCAUGUCUGGAACUAAUGACCAAUCUCAUGAGAUAAAAGAAUCGUCUGGUGAUGGUGUGUCUCAAAAUGAGAAACCUACUAACAGUGAGGGUGAGGAGGCCUCUAUAAAGAAGAUAACUGAUGGCAGGGGCAAGCAACCAUCCAAUAUUGUUUCUUCUGUCUCGGUUGAAGGCAAUCUUGUGGACGGGAUACCACCAGGUUGGGUUAAGGAAGUCAAAACAACAAGACGCGGGUCUAGAAUAAGACGUGAUGCGCUUUACGUAGACCCUGUAAGCGGAUAUGUUUUUAGUUCCAAAAAGGAUGUUAUGCGCUAUGUAGAAACAGGUGAUAUCAACAAGUGUGUAAAGAGGCCCCAGAAAAGGGGCAUUGUGUCCCGAACCAAUAACGAAACUGCUUCCCUCCAUUCAGCUUCUUCCUCCGAUAAGGAAAUGGGUCAGAAUAAUUCACCCGAUGGAGAUGGAGAGGCAGGAGUCACUGUUUUGGGUAGCGCCACUGUGCCCGAAUCCAAUUCGACGAAAUCCAAAAAGAAAAAUUGCCUUGGCACACCGAGUAAGUUCUCUAAAAGACUUGCUAGGUUCAACCCGGAAGAAGUUGCAGGUUUGAGUCACGUAGGCGAACGGGCUCUUCAGCUUGCCACCAGAAUCGGUGUUGGAACAGAAACAACAAACAUGUCAUCUGCCCAAACCCCUAACGGUCCCACUCCGGAUAUUCACGACAUUGGGAAUUCCGUUCAUUUCGAAGUGAAUUCAUCUGCGGUCACAAGUUCUAGUGGGGCCAAGGCAAACAAAGCCGAACCGGAAACAGAGAACCGCUACCCGAGAUUGAAUUCCAGUGUGGUCAAUACAAAUGAAGCCAAACCGAAAGCAGAGAACCGAAACCCGAGGUCGAGUUCUACUGUGGUGAAGACAAAUGAAGCCGAACCGAAAGCAGAGAGCCGGAACCCGAGAUCGAGUCCAAGUGUGGCCAAGGCAAAUGAAGCCAAACCAGAAACAAAGAACCGGAACCCGAGAUCAAGUCCAGGUGUGGCCAAGACAAAUGAAGCCAAACCAGAAAUGGAGAAUCGGAACCCGAGACCGAGUCCAAGUGUGGCCAUGACAAAUGAAGCCAAACCAGAAACAGAGAACCGGAACCCGAGAUUGCAUCCAAGUUUGGCCAAGACAAAUGAAGCCAAACUAAAAAUAGAGAACCGAAACCCGAGAUCAAGUUCUACUGUGGCCAAGACAAAUGAAGCCGAACUGAAAGCAGAGAGCCAGUACCCGAGACUGAGUCCUAGUGUUGCCAAGACAAAUGAAGCCAAACCAGAAACAGAAAACCGGAACCCGAGAUUGCAUCCAAGUGUGGCCAAGACAAAUGAAGUCAAACCAGAAACAGAGGAUCGGAACCCGAGAUUGCUUCCAAGUGUGGCCAAGACAAAUGAAGCCAAACCAGAAACAGAGGAUCGGAACCAGAGAUUGCAUCCAAGUGUGGCCAAGACAAAUGAAGCCAAACCGGAAGAAGACCCGAGAUCGCAUCCAACUGUGGCCAAGACAAUUGAAGCCAAACCAGAAGCAGAGAACCGGAACUCAAUACUGAGUUCUAGUGUAGCCAAGACAAACAAAGCCGAACUGGAAGUAGAGAGCCUGAAUCCCAAAAUGGAAGGUUCGGGACCCAGGUAUCCGUUCGGGAAUGGUUGGUCAGACCCGUGUUUGGAAUUCGCAUUCAAAACGCUUACCGGGACAAAUGAAGCCGAACCGGAGACAGAGAACCGGAACUUGAGAACGAGUUCUAGUGUAACCAAGACGAACAAAGCCGAUCCGGAAGCAAAGAGCCGGAACCCGAAAUUGGAAGAUUCCGCACCCGUGUUCCCAUUCGGGGACGGUUGGCCAGACCCGUGCUUGGAAUUCGCAUUCAAAACGCUCACCGGGGCAAUACCAGUGGAGGACUUCCUGCUGUGCCGUGGGCCCCGCCGGGACCCUUUGUUGUUUCGCGAUGACAUGGCAUCCCAAUCUGCACCGCCGGCGAAACGCCCGCGGAAGGAGGGCUAAGGCUGAAUUUUGACUCCUCCCAUUGAAAGGUACAGCCUUGCUAAUGUUGUUGUAUCAAACAAAGUGUUUUUUUCUUCAAUGUUGUUUUGAACAUCUGCAGUGAAGAAAUAGUACUAUACUAUAAUAUACUAAUACUAGGAUA